UCAGGAUUUCAGGAUUUUUGAUCUGACUUGUCCCUGCCCUUCCACCACGCACGCAAACAUGGAUACUUUCUACGUCGACGAGGAUGUCGGUCGCGACGAUGACUCGGCCACUGGCUCUGAAGCCGCUCCCUACAAGACUCUUCUCUUCGCAAUCAUGCAGCACCCCAAAGCAACAUACAAAACUAGGAAAUCCGAAACCGCCCCGGUAGACGCCACUGCUGAUCCAGCCUCGCGGCUAGAAUGGAAGCCGGCGUCCAAAUCUGCGCUGAAGAAAGCCACUAACCUUUACGAACAGCACCAACGCAAACAGGCGAAGGCCGCUGACUUGGCUAUUCGGGAACAGCAAGAAGCAGACAGACGGAAGCAAGUGCUCGAGGAAGCCAAGAAAGUGGUCAUCAAAGAAGAUGAAAGCUUGCCGGCGCCUGUCAAGAUCAAGCUCAACACCGUUGAUCCUGCCAAAAUCAAGCUAGGCACAGCAGACUCCAAGGGCACGCGUGUCCGAGUAUUGGGUCGAGUUCACCACCUACGGUCUCAGAAGGACAUCAUCUUCGUCACGCUGAAAGACGGCAAAGGUCUGAUGCAGUGUCUUUUCUCGGGCGACUUAAUCAAGACCUAUGUGGCCAUGACUCUGACCCUCGAGACUUCGCUCGAAAUCCGGGGUGAACUCAAAUCUCUUCCCCCGGGCGCGCACGCCCCUCUCGACCGCGAACUCCAUGCCGACUAUUUCACCGUGAUCGGAGCGGCGGUUGGUGACAAGGAAGCCAUAACCAACAAAGUGCAAGAAGAUGGCGAUGCCCAGAAGCUGCUUGAUAACCGCCAUCUCACACUACGUGGAGACGUCUCGUCAAGCGUCAUGAAAGUUCGAGCAGCCGUCGAGAAGUCCUUUAUCAAGACUUACGAGGAAGUGCAAUUUACCAAGGUGUCCCCCCCGGCAAUGGUCCAGACACAAGUCGAGGGCGGUGCAACUCUCUUCGAGUUCAACUACUACGGUGAAAAGGCUUACCUCACCCAGUCCUCCCAACUGUACCUGGAGACCUGUCUCCCUGGACUCGGCGACGUAUACUGCAUUGAAAAGUCCUUCCGGGCCGAGAAAUCCCUUACUCGCCGCCAUCUGAGUGAGUACACACACGUGGAGGCUGAACUCGACUUCAUCACCUUUGACGACCUGCUCAACCACAUUGAGCAGGUGGUGUGUAGGGUCAUUGAAGUCACCCUCGCGGACCCCGUCAUUGCCAAGUACAUCUACGAGCUCAACCCGGACUUCAAGGCCCCAUCCCGCCCCUUUAAGCGCAUGAAGUACUCCGAAGCCAUUGCCUGGUUGGUGGAAAACGAGAUACCCAACGAAGAAGGCAAACCGCACGAUUUCGGGGACGACAUCGCCGAGGCCGCCGAACGCAGAAUGACCGACAUCCUCAACGUGCCCAUCUUCCUCACCCACUUCCCCACCGAGAUCAAGCCCUUUUACAUGCAAAAGGACCCCUCGGACCCUCGGGUGACCGAGAGUGUGGACGUCCUCAUGCCCGGCGUCGGCGAAAUCGUGGGCGGCGGCAUGAGGAUCUGGGACUACGAGGAGCUGCUCGCCGGCUACAAGCGCGAGGGAAUCAACCCCGAGCCCUACUACUGGUACACGGACCAGAGACGCUACGGCACCAGCCCCCACGGCGGGUACGGUUUGGGCCUCGAGCGAUUUUUGGCCUGGAUGUGCGGCCGCUGGACCGUCAGGGAGUGUUGUCUCUACCCGCGGUUUGCCUAUCGUUGCAAGCCAUAGUCGGUUCAACGGCGCAUGGAAGCAUGGAAGGGGCUAAAAUGGGUUCCCAGGAUGUUCACGAGGUAUGAUUCAGAAGGUCCGACGUGGUGUGGAAGAUGUUGGUCGCGGCGGGUCCGGAAUAUGUAGCUACGACGGGAUGAUAGACCAACUGCCCUCAGGACAGGUCGCAAGAGAUAGAUAGACCAAAGCGCAGGAGCAUUUUUCUUGCUUUGCAUUCGUUCAACCAUUUUCCCAACUCCA